CUAGCCAAGUCGUUUUCUGAGAAGAGACCAUAUUUGUUCGCAGAGGAAGCUGCUGCUUUCUGGGAUCUGACUACAGCAGAAAAGACGUCUGCUCCAAUAAGCGAGAUCCAGGGUGCAGCAGGGAGUCAGAAGAGCCUACGACAACUCCAAGCUCUGGAUUUGGGGGUCUCUGUCCAUGGGUACAGCGCCCACUCUCAACCUGUGAGUUCCCUCCUAGGACAACGGCCAUGGCUCUGAGGAACAUGCCCUAUCGUUCGGAGGUCCUUGCCUGGGACCCUGACAGCCUUGCAGACUACUUCAAGAAGCUCAACUACAAGGACUGUGAAAAGACUGUGAGGAAAUACCUCAUCGAUGGUGCUCGGUUUUUGAACCUUACGGAGAAUGACAUUCAAAAGUUCCCUAAGCUCCGGGUGCCGAUCCUCAGCAAGUUAAGCCAAGAAAUCAACAAGAAUGAAGAGAGGAGAAGCAUUUUCACACGCAAACCACAAGCCCCGCGGUUUCCAGAGGAGACAGAGAGCCACGAUGACGACAACGGGGGCUGGUCAUCCUUUGAAGAAGACGACUAUGAAAGUCCCAAUGAGGACCAGGAUGGGGAGGAUGAGGGCGACUACGAGUCUCCCAAUGAGGAGGAAGAGGCACCUGUGGAAGACGACGCGGAUUAUGAGCCACCGCCCUCCAAUGACGAGGAAGCCCUGCAGAACUCCAUCCUGCCUGCCAAGCCUUUCCCCAACACCAACUCCAUGUACAUCGACAGGCCCCCCUCCGGGAAAGUCUCUCAGCAGCCGCCUGUGCCCCCGCAGAGACCGAUGGCUGCCCUGCCUCCCUUGCCAGUCAGCCGGAAUCACUCGCCAUUACCUCCACCCCAGCCCAAUCCUGAGGAGCCUGCCAGAAGUCGAAACCACAAAACAGCAAAGCUCCCUGCUCCUUCAAUCGACAGAAGCACUAAACCCCCCCUGGACCGUUCGCUAGCUCCCUUCGACAGAGAGCCCUUCAUGCUAGGGAAGAAGUCAGGAUUCACUGAUAAGCCCACGGUUCCAGCGGGGAGGCCUCUGGUGGAGCAUUCAUCCAAGACACAAAAGCCUCCUUUACCACCAACCACAGACAGACAUGAAAGAAACAACCCCUUGCCAGGAAGGAAGCCCCCUGUGCCCAAGCAUGGAUGGGUACCAGAAAGAAGAGAGAAUGUAAGUAGAAAAUUACAUCAAAGACCAUUGCCUCAGCCAGUGCUACCUUCCAUGAGCUCCAACACUUACCCUUCAAGAUCUACCAAGCCAAGCCCCAAGAACCCUCUCCCAUUACCCCACAUGCCUGGAGCCUUCUCAGAAAGUAACAGCAGCUUCCCACAGAGUGCCUCUCUGCCGCCAUACUACUCUCAAGGUUUGAACUGCUCCAGCAACCGUUCACCCCUCAGAGCCGAAGGCAGGAACUUGCCCGUCCCGGUCCCCAGCAAGCCCCAGCCACCAUUCCCCAGGGAAGAAGAGAAUUCAUUAAAUGAAGAGUGGUAUGUUUCUUAUAUUACCCGACCAGAGGCAGAAGCUGCUCUCAGAAAGAUAAACCAGGAUGGCACUUUUCUGGUUAGAGACAGCUCUAAAAAAACAAUCACCAACCCAUAUGUCCUCAUGGUGUUGUACAAAGACAAAGUUUACAACAUUCAGAUCCGUUAUCAGGAGGAAAGUCAAGUGUACUUGCUGGGAACUGGACUCCGAGGGAAAGAGGACUUUUUGUCUGUGUCAGAUAUUAUCGACUAUUUCAAGAAAAUGCCGCUUCUGCUCAUUGAUGGGAAAAAUCGAGGUUCCAGAUACCAGUGCACAUUAACAUACGCUGCAGGUUAUCCAUAGCAAGUUAACCAAGCAAAUGGACCUUCCUCCUACCAACCCAGGGAAAUGCACUGACCUUGGUGAAUGGACACUUAGAAUGGACUCACGCUCUCAACAGGAACACAGGAUUUUGCCCAUUACUUAAAAAAAUAAGUUGGAAACAAAGACUGUUAAAUAGCUCAUAAUUUAUUUAUUCUUCAUUGUAAAGUUGAUGAGUAAUCAUGUUCACGCUUGUGACCUAGUAGUCUGUUGUAAUAAUUCAUUUAAAAAUUUCUGACUAGUCAUCUCAAAAGUACAUUUGUUUACACCAUUAGAGAAAUAAUUUGGGGCAAGUUUAAACAUGCUGAAACAUAUAGUUUUAGUAAUCUGUAAAACUGAUUGAAUAGCCAAACGUUCAGAAGCAAUCAUCAGUUUUAUAUAUGUAAUCUAAAAAUUGCCAAAAUUUCUUUUCUCAGCGGUAAUAACUUAAGAAUCUUCCAAAAGAUUUUAUUGUUUUCUUAAUUUUUUUGGCUGGGUGGAGGGUUAUGCUUUUUAUAUAAAAAGAUAAAGCCAUUGUUAGGACAACUUCCUGAGAUUAAAGUGGUCUUUUGCUUUUC